AGAAAAUGUCGUGCUGCAUCUGCAACGCGGGUCCUUACAUUCACGGGCUAUCAAGACUAAUCUGCUCAGACUGCUUUGCAGGGGCGAAAAGCAUAAUCUUGUUGGCCAACAAGCAUAAAAGAAUUAAAACCAUCAACAAUGAUUCUUUUUCUCCAUCAAGUUCCAAUAAGGGAUUUGUAAAGGCCUUGAAUUGGGUGAAGUUGCAAGAAGGGAAGAUGAAGUUGCAAGAUGAGAAGAUGACUUAUUUAAGCGGCUUUGCUACCGCUUUCAGGGAUCAAAUCCACACUGAUAUUCAAGUGAAGGCCGGUGACAACGAGCCCCCGAUUCCCGCUCAUAGAGUUAUAUUGGCAACGAGAUCGACAAUAUUUCGAAACAUGUUGGAUUCAGACCAAUGCAAAGCUCCGGCGAAUCAAACGAUAACGCUACCGGAGCUGUCUCACGAGGAACUAGACGCCCUACUCGAGUUCUUGUACAGUGGAAGCCUUCCAAAAGAGAAGAUGGAGAAACACGUUUGCUCGUUGGCGAUCUCUGCAGACAAAUACGAGAUCCCUUUCCUGCAGAAGUUUUGCGAAAAGGAGAUGCUUGGAUCAUUGAAUACAUCCAACGCUCUUGAUAUCUUGGAAAUAUCCGACACCUGCAAGAACAAAAACCUCAAAGAAACAACCCUAAGCUUCAUUGUAAGAAACAUGGAAGAAAUAGUUUUCUCCCCCGGCUUUGAUGACUUUGCACUCAAGAAUCCUCAUCUGAAUACACAGAUCACAAGGGCAUCCAUCACGAAUAAUAAAAAAAGGAAGAUUGGUGUUUAGUUUGAACCACAUUGGGAUGAUCUCGUGGUUCGUACAGGGUGUUGAUGAUGGGCUUGUUUGUCGGUCCAUGGACUUCCCUUUUUCUUUUUCUUUUUUUUUUGCGUUCGAAGAUACACGGAUUUUAUCAUCAACUUGAUGACUUAAUUUCG